CUCCCUCCCUCCCGCUCCUCCUCCUUCUCUGGCCGCGCUCGGUCUCGGGAGGGAGGGAGGCGUUUUCGUAUCUCGGUAACCAGGAAACUGGCGCUUGUCGGGAUGACCGGGAUGGAGGGAGGAGGAAGCGGCGGCGGUCGCCUCCCGCAGUGUAAAAAUCACAGCCACAAUCCCCCUGGUCAUCAUGGCUACAACUGGCCUGACAGGCAUGAACAUAAAGAUCUACCCAAAGAGCAAGAUCAUCUUCCUUUUGUGCAGGACCAUAGCAACUUCGAUAUUGUCAAAGCAACCCAAUAUGGACUUUUGGAAAGGUGUCAGGAAUUGAUAGAAGCAGGAUAUGAUGUAAGACAACCAGACAAAGAAAACAUAACUCUUCUUCACUGGGCAGCAAUCAAUAAUCGAUUGGAACUUGCAAAGUUCUUUAUUUCUAAAGGUGCAAUAGUAGAUCAACUAGGAGGAGACUUAAAUUCAACUCCACUUCAUUGGGCUAUUAGACAAGGACAUUUAUCUAUGGUUAUAUUGUUAUUAAAAUUUGGAGCAGACCCAGCUCUUAUUGAUGGUGAAGGAUACAGCAGUCUGCAUUUGGCUGUGCUGUUUCAGCACAUGCCCAUCAUAGCUUACCUCAUAUCAUAUGGUCAGAGUAUAGAUACAACAGAUCACAAUGGACAGACCCCUCUUAUGCUAGCAGCUCAUAAAGUACUUGGGCUGGAUCCUACUCGUUUUUUAUUAAAGUUUAAUCCUUCUCUGAAUGCUGUAGACAACAUAGAAAAGAACACCGCCUUGCAUUGUGCCAUUGCAGCAGGAAAUGUCAGUGCUGUAGAUCUUUUUCUGGAAGCUGGAUCUAGUUUGGACAUCAAAAAUAUCAAGGGGGACACACCACUUGACCUUGCUCAUCAAACUCAACAUCGCUUAAUUAUUCAUCUGAUCACUGAAGAGGGAAGAAUGCGAGCCAGGAAGAAUUCCAGGUUGCAGAGAAUACUGGGGGAAAAUGAGUUCUUGCUUUUGCUGGUGAUGGCAUUGAUAGUGACAUGGGCUAUAGGAUAUGUAGUUGAGUUAAAUUCUGAUUCUUGGCUUUUGAAAGGAAGCUUGCUGCUCUUCAUAUGUGUUAUCAUCUCCCUAUUUGCAAGGCAGUUUGUAGGAUUCAACAAACUGAAAUAUUUUCCAGUAGCAUUUUUGUUUGGCUCCAUGUUCUGGAUAUCUGUGACCUGUUUCAUCUGGUUCCUACCUGAUUUUUCAGGCGCAGUUUCUCAGUUUCCUUUCUUUUUUGGCAUGGUAUGGCUUCUCUAUUAUUUCUACAAAAUGUUCCAAACUGAUCCUGGAUACAUUAAGACUACAGAAGAAGAAAGAAAAAAGAACAUUAUUACCCUUGCAGAAUCCGGCUCCUUGGAUUUCAGAACAUUUUGCACCUCUUGUCUUGUGAAAAAACCUUUGCGAUCCAUGCAUUGCCACAGUUGCAAUUCAUGUGUAGCUAGAUACGACCAGCAUUGUAUUUGGAUUGGGCAAUGUAUAGGUGUUGGCAACCAUCGUUAUUUUGUCCUGUUUCUCCUUUUCCUGACAAUGGUGAAUAUCUGGGCUUUAUAUGGAACAGUUUUAUACUGGUCAGAACACUGCACAGUAACGUACCAGAAAGAUGGAGCAUGGAUUUCCUUCACACAGAUAAUAUCUUGUUCUCCAUGGGUAUCAUAUAUUUUUACACUUGUAUCCUUUCAUACUUCAUGGGCUUCACUGCUGUUAGCCCUUCAGCUUUAUCAGGUUGUAUUCCUUGGAUUGACCUCACAUGAAAGGAUUACCCUCUGGAGGCAGAACAUGCGUUCAAAGCAUCCUGUUUCACUCAGGAAAACUCCAUAUAAUCAUGGAUGCUUGCAGAACAUGGCAGAUUUCUUUCAGUGCAGAUGCUUUGGAAUGUUGAAGCCCAAUAUAGUCGACUGGACAAAGCAGUAUGCAGUGACAUUUCAUUCACUGAAAGAUAAAAAUAUUCACCCUGUGUGAAGAAAAUUGUACCAAACCUUUUUGUCUUCAGCUAGAGGCUUUAGCAAAUAGUUGAAUUUGGCAGAUUAUAUGGUUUGUUCUGAGAUAGCUUUUAUUGCUGUAUUUGAGCAUGUGGGGGGAGGGGGUGAAGUUUGCAGGCAUAAGUUGCUGCAAACUGGUAAUAUGAUGAUGCAGCAGCUUGAGUAUGAAAUUUUCAAACAAUUUCAUUUGGAAGGAGACACAACUGUGAAAUGUCACUUUUUUAUGUUGUUAAUGAGAUGUGUUUUUAUAAAGCAACUCAGAAAUCCUAUGCAUCAUUGUUUAUAUAUUUCUGACUAUUAAAAUUGCACUUAAUGGUUAAGGGAAAUAAUGGAUGUUUGGAAAUUUCAAAAUAUUUUAGUAUAUGAAAACUGAUUUGUAUCUUGUAAUUACUUAUCUGUCUUCUGAUGUAUAAAUCUGUAUAUAAAAGCUGUUUAGAUUUAACAUA